AUGGGCGCUUACGCGGACCUUCCACCCCAUGAGCGUCCUGGCUACAAUCCCAAUGCAGCAUAUGUGCCUCCGACCCCACCAGCACCGCCACCGAGGGCGCAUAGCGAUGAGAAUGAAUUGGCGUAUGGAUCUGAUUCGUCUGGAGACUCUGGACGCCACAUCACUCCAGGCCGUGCCUCACGGGAUAGGAUCCCACUCGAUCGCCACGACUCUGGUGGUAAAGUGCAAAGACUGUCUGCCAUUGACACAUCCACAUCGACUACUCUCAUGGCGCCUCGGUCUCCUGGCCUGGGACCACGAAUGGAUCGACUCUCAGUCAGUGGCAAUCGACCAGAUAUUCACGCACUUGGUGGAAACAUGCCACCUCCCAGUCCUAUGCUUGAGGCCUACCAUGGCACAUACCAAUCGAUCUCCCCCAUGCCACUUGCUAUCAGACCUGACGAUGACCUUGACUUUCAGGAUCUUCCACCUUUGUCUCCUGCGGUAUCGAGGACGUACGACAACAACGAUAGACUAGCGCUAGACCUCGCGAAGAAGGAUAAGAAGCGUGUCAAGCUCUACGACCCUGAAGAAGAUGCAAAAGCCAUUGCCGAUGCCUUGAAGCAUCACAAGCCCGACGGAGAUGCCAUUUGUGAUGUUCUCCCCGGCCUGUCUCACGAUCAGAUCAUGGAGGUCCGGAAAGAAUACAAGAAGCAAGUCAAGGUCCAAGGGAAGGGCGUGAACCUGUCCAAACACAUCAACAUGAAGCUCUCCGGAAACUUUGGCAAGGCUGUCUAUGUGACUGCGCUCGGUCGCUACGAGAGCGAAGGCUACUGGGCCAACUUCUUCUAUCAGUCCCACGGAAGCCGACGAGAACUCCUGAUUGAAGCACUCAUGGGUAAAACGAAUGCAGAAAUCCGCAUGAUCAAAGACGAAUUCAAAGACAAACGAUACUCGGACGAUCUGAAGAAGUGCAUGGAGAAGGAAUUGAAAAUGGACAAAUUUAGAACUGCGGUACUAAUGGUGUUGGAAGAGCGACGGCAGGAGGAACAGGAUAUGUAUCCUGCUGAGUACGUUCAUCGCGAUGUUGACACGCUGUAUCGCUCUGUCAAGGCGGAGAAAGGCGGAGAGAGUGCCAUGCUCGAAAUCAUCAUUCGGAGGAGUGACACGCAUCUGAAAGAAGUGCUUCGAGCUUACGAGCGAACUUUUAACGAGAAUUUCGCGCGAGUUGCAUUGAAACGAAGUAAUAACCUAGUGGGCGAAGUCAUAGCACACAUCCUAAACGGUGUGAUUAACAAACCAGCACGAGACUCUUUACUUCUACAACACGCGAUCAGAGACAUCGCGGAGAAGAAUCGUGACGAUGAAUUGAGAUAUGAGCUUUUGAUUUCCCGGUUGGUCAGAGUGCAUUGGGAUAAGUCACACAUGGCUAGGGUGAAGAGGGAGUAUUAUGAGAAGUAUAGAAUCACUUUGGAGGAUGCCAUCGAAGAGGCUACGAAGGGAGAUUUUUGUGAGUUUAUGUGUGAGCUUUGUGAUACG